CCGAAAUUAAAACGAGCGAAAAAAAGGAAAAAAAAAAUAUCUAAAAAAAAUAAAAUCUCUUUUAAUUUUGUUUAAAGCAAAGCGUCUUCUUCCUUACACUCAUCCUCCUCAUUUUCCUCAAAUUCAUCUUCGGAAACUCACUAUAAAUUGUAAAUAUCUCACCUUCUGAUCUCUUCUUCUUCAAAUCUAAAGUAAAGUUAUUAUUUUUUUCUGUAUAAAAUUCUUUCUAGAACUCCUCGAAUUCGCGAGGAUUUCGUGUUAGUAAUCAGUUUUUAGUUUCCAUAGAAAAAAGGUGACUUUUGAUUCCCGAGAAACCGACGUUCUUCAGGGAUUUAAUUUGAUUUAUUCAAUUUGUUGAAACUUUUCUGAUUCUAAAAAAAAAAAAAAACAGAACACAAAAAAUGGUGAUGGCGACGACUAUAUCAAUCUACGCUAGUCCACCUAGCAGCGUGUGCUCCACGCCGCACCAGAUCACUGAUCUCGAUCUAACCUCCAGAAAUUUGUCGACCUCACCGCAGAAACUCGGAGGCCUCUCCUCUCUCUUCUCCGGCAAAGGAGACGACUUUUCGUCUCUACGUAGUGACGUGGAUUAUAAAGAUCUAACCUUUACCACCUCCUCCUCCUUCUGUUACUCUCCGGCGAGAUUGGUUGGUUCCUCUUAUCAUCGACGAGAGUCUCACCAGAGCCCUAUCUCUGUGUUUCACGGUCCUGUCUCCUGUAGCUGCAGCCCUCCGAUGAGAAGCUUCCACGGUGGCUCCCAUCGUGUAGGAGCUAACGGAUUGUUUAACAGAUUCGUGAGGAAAGCCGUUGGUUCUUGCGUUGAUUACGAGUUGGGAUCAGAUGAGUUAACGUUUCCCAUGGAGGAUGGAUCAGAUACGAGACAGCCUUACGCGAGAGACUUGCUGAGACGUGCUCAGUUAAGACACAAGAUCUUUGAAGAUGAGUCUGUGAUCAAAGCUUUUUACGAAGCAGAGAAAGCUCAUAGAGGACAGAUGAGAGCAAGUGGGGAUCCUUACUUGCAACAUUGUGUUGAGACUGCUAUGUUGUUGGCUAAUAUUGGAGCUAACUCAACUGUUGUUGUCGCUGGGCUUCUUCAUGAUACUAUGGAUGAUUCGUUCAUGAGUUAUGAUUAUAUUCUUAGAAACUUUGGUGCUGGAGUUGCUGAUUUGGUCCAAGGGGUUUCAAAGCUUAGCCAACUAAGCAAACUCGCUAGAGAGAACAACACAGCGUGUAAAACAGUUGAAGCAGAUAGAUUACAUACAAUGUUUCUUGCAAUGGCCGAUGCAAGAGCUGUUCUCAUCAAACUAGCUGAUCGUCUACACAACAUGAUGACGCUUUACGCUUUGUCCCCAGUGAAGCAGCAGAGGUUUGCUAAAGAGACUCUUGAGAUAUUCGCACCUCUGGCUAACAGAUUAGGAAUCUCUAAGUGGAAAGUUCAGCUUGAGAAUCUUUGUUUCAAGCAUCUUUACCCACACCAGCAUAACGAGAUGUCAACCAUGCUUGAGGAUUCGUUUGAUGAAGCUAUGAUUACUUCUGCGAUAGAGAAACUGGAGCAAGCUCUCAAGAGAGAAGGCGUUUCUUACCAUGUUCUAUGUGGAAGGCACAAGAGUUUGUAUAGUAUUUACAGCAAAAUGCUGAAGAAAAAGCUAACAGUGGAUGAGAUUCACGACAUUCAUGGGUUGCGUUUGAUAGUUAACAACGAAGGAGAUUGUUACAAGGCCUUAGGAGUAGUUCAUAGUUUAUGGUCUGAAGUUCCUGGAAAGCUGAAGGAUUACAUUACUCAUCCCAAGUUCAAUGGGUAUCAAUCUUUGCACACGGUAGUGAUGGACAAUGGAACGGUUCCACUUGAAGUCCAAAUACGUACACAAGAGAUGCAUUUACAAGCUGAGUUUGGGUUUGCUGCUCACUGGAGGUACAAGGAAGGUGACUGCAAAUACUCUUCGUUUGUGCUUCAGAUGGUUGAAUGGGCUCGGUGGGUUGUAACUUGGCACUGUGAAACAAUGAGCAAAGACCGAACUUCCAUUUGUUCUUCUGAUUCCAUCAAACCCCCUUGCAAGUUUCCCUCUCACUCUGAGGACUGCCCUGCUUCUUACAAGCCUAACAGUAGCCAGGAUGGACCAGUCUAUGUCAUUGUAAUCGAAAACGACAAGAUGUCUGUGCAAGAGUUUCCAGCGAGUUCAACAGUCUCGGAUCUGCUGAGCAGGGCGGGGACAGGGAGCUCGAGGUGGUCCAUGUAUGGGAUACCAGCAAAGGAAGAGCUAAGGCCAAGGCUGAACCAGAAGCCUGUAAGCGACCUCAAGUGGAAGCUGAAUAUGGGUGAUGUGGUGGAGCUGACUCCACCAAUUCCUGAUGAGUCUCUGCCUGAAUACAGAGAAGAGAUUCAACGAAUGUAUGAUCAAGGGCUAGCGUUUUCUCGCCCUGGGACCAUGGUUGGAUGGGGAAGCUGA